AUGCAGCGGGAGGCGGCAGCGGCGGCGCGGGUCCCUCGGCCGAUACGACGUCGGAAGUAUGUCCCGCGCGAGCACGACGUAGCUCACGAACGUCUGUUCGCAGAUUAUUUUGCCGAGCAACCACGGUGGGGCCCGAAUGUUUUUCACCGCCGUUUUAGAAUGAGCCGAGAUCUUUUUCUCUGCAUUGUGCACGCGUUGGAGGGACGUGAUGAGUACUUCCAGUAUAGGAAAGACGGCAUCGGCAGACCCGACUUACGCCGUUGGAGAAGUGCACGGUUGCAAUCCGGCAGUUGGCCUAUAGCAUAUGUUCGACGAGUACCUUCACGUCGGGAGACAACUGGUCGCGAAUGUCUAAAGAAUUUUUGUAAGAUAGUUGUGGAGGCUUUUGGCGACGCAUAUUUGAGACGCCCGACUGCGGAUGAUUGCCGGAUCCUGAUGUGGAUGCACGAGACGGUGCACGGCUUCCACUGGGAUGCUAGGGAGCAUUGA